CACAAAAUUUUUCGUGAUCCUCCCGUCUUUUAUCAAUUAGAUCCGCAUUUAAGAGAAAAUGCCAAAAGCACAAAAGAGCAGAGGCUUGAAAAAGACGACAACGCCGAUCGCAAAAAAAGACGACACCACUUCGGCACCUGCAGCGUCAGUUGACACAAAAGACCAAAAACGAAAACAACGCCACGACGCCUGGCUUGAAAAAUUGGAUCGAGCGCAUGCACAACGAAAGCGUGCAGCAAAGAAAAGCAAAAACCUUCAAACCGACCUGACCGAGUUUCACGAUAUUCUCGAUACGAUCGAAACCAAAGAUACGAAAAAGGACAGACCAGCUGCGAUACCCACCAAUAAGUUUCAAACCAACAAGUCCAAGCGGAAAGCAGAGAUGCAGGAAAUUGUACGGUUCCAAAAGGUGAUGCAGCUGCCAGCAUUCCAGCAAAACCCUCUUGCAGCAAUUCGACAGCAUGUACAGAACACAUAUGGCAGCAGCAACAACGCAUAAUUUGUCCUUUUGCCAUUCCUGGAGUGGCAAACCCUAAUUUGGUAUUCAUUUGUU